CGGUGUUUUUAAGAGCCAUUGAUGAAACUCGAAAGAGCUAAUAAAGUCUUCUUUUCCUCUCGCUCUUCACACCAUGUCUGUCCCAGAUCUCGAUCCAGGGAGGAGAGGGAUGAUGCACCUGUCGAGGGUUGCGGUGGCGGGUGCCUUGCAUCGUGAGAUCGACGAGUAGCAGCGAGUCUACCGCGUCGCAUCGUGACGGAAAAGGAGAGAGCGACCGAGCAAACGUGUGAAAGGAAGGGAAAGAGAGAUAGAGGAGGGGGAAGGGAGAUAGAGAGAAAGAGAGAGAAAGUGCGCACGAGGGAGAUACGUGGGGGCGAGAGAGAGGUCGCGAUUGGUUAAGCCGCUCUCGGAAAAGCCCGCCUGGCUGCUCGACCGGCCGGCACUUUGCUCAGUUCUCCACUGCGCUCCGUGUGAAGCGGAGCUUUCGAGGUACCUUCUCGCUCUCCCUCUCACUCUCGUCGCGAUCCGCGUCGCGUCGCGGGAUCGACUCCUCGAUCUUGGGAUCUCUGCGCGAGACCGCCAGUCGCGUCCGUCAAGGAGUCGCGAGGGAAACGCAGUCUUGAUCGACGAUCCGGAUCUUUUUCUCGGGAAAGAAUCGCGGGACGAGAGAAGGGGUGAAAGAAAAGGACGACGAUGUGCGAGAGGAAGCUGCUGUGAGUGCCAUAGGACAAGAAGAUCUGAACUAAGCCGAGAGCGAGAUAUCGCGAGCCGAGGGGCUACCCUCGAAAAGCCGGGGAGGUGCGUCUUCAAAAACGAGCGUGAUUCAGGAUAUAAUCACGACGAUGUCGAAGAGAACGACCGAGCUGUCCAGGUGGCUGCUGCUGGCGGGACUUUUGUGCUACUCGUCCUGCCAGAGUGUACCGUCCUCCUUUGAGAAUAAAACCGGCAGCCAGAAUGACAGCCGGCCGCGGAUAUUCUCACCCAGGAUGGAUUACGACGAAUGGACGCCGCUGGGUCGCGGCGAUCCCCUGAAGAACAACCCGACUUUUGACUACGUGCCUCCGGUUCUCGACAGGGUGCAAUAUUGGCUUGACUCGCAUCAGCAGCAUACAACUGAGCCGUCAUCUAAGCGCGAUAUCCUCGUGUUAGGCGUGACUGCCAAGAAGACCAGUCCGAAGAUACCCGAGCAGUUUCUAAAGUUCGUGGACGGAUCCAAGUUUACGCGAACCGGCGGCCAAGAUACGACCGUGUACAGGAACGACUUCACCGGCAACACUGGUGCCGAGCCGCCCAAGGUCGUCCGCACUACUAGCUUCCGAAAUGGCUUGGUCGAUUAUAGAAAUCAGAACAGGUUGCAAUCGUUGCCGGCCAGUUACUAUCCCAGCUCGUAUUACAAUCAAAAGAUCAAGCCGUACACCAUGAUGAUGCCGCCGCCGAUAAUACAGAAGAGCGAGACGUCUGGUUUCAAGGUCGGCGCGUCCAGGGAUAAGAUAAUUGGCUACGCGGACGCGCCUCAGCCAUUUAACACGCAGACGGAGGAGGGACCUAUUCUUCAGGACACGCAGUAUUACGGAUCACUUUCGAAGGAUUAUGGACACUAUUCCCCUGCGCCUUCGCCGCGACCGUAUUCCACAUCCAAGGCGCCGGCGAGCAAGGUUGAGACCAUCAAGAGCGUGUAUAUACCGUCCGCGUCGCAGAGCACGAAAACGAAAUAUGAGGCGACCACCGCGCCAUCCGUAUCCUUCGAAAAAUCGAAUCUGAUUUAUCAAUCGACGCAGACUCUGUCUGGCGGAUGGCUCGGCAACAGCGAGCUCGCAUCAUCCUCCACCCCAGGAUUUCCUCCGGACGUUAAUCAAGUCUCGUGGCAGACCACGGAUUACUCGAAAGAUCAUUAUGAGAUUGAUCAUCAAGCCGCGGCUUCAUCUAAUCACGAGAUCGUCAUCGGCCAAAACGCGAAUAUUAUUGUAGAUGAUAAUAAUGAUGAAAAUGAGGAAGUAGUCGUGGGUCAAAAGGAAAUCAGCACCGAGGCGACGUCCUCAUCGAUGUCAGAAAGCGUCCCGCAAACAUUUACCGUCUCUACUACGACUGUAGAUUCUACCGAGCAAGAGGAGGAAACUGUGACUGACGCGCAAUCCUCGCCAAAGAUGCACAUUGUCGUCGCUAACUCGCCGUCCAGCAUCGCGGAUCUGGAAACGCACAAAGCGAAGAAAGGUCCGGUCGCUGUAAUAAUGCCGACUAACUACAUCGAAAAGAACUCGUCUUUAAGUUCAGAAUCAGCCGCGACUCUUCACGCCUGGGGGAGUCCUGCCACAUCCGAGAUGACGAAGACGACUAAUCAAGCGUCAAAGUUUCAAAUGCAACCAAUGAGGAAUGCGGUAACAAGUUUGCCGCUUUUAACAGAAGACCAUCCGUCCAUUUCCUCCGUGCCGAACAGAAUGAUAUCGCCUUCGCAGCUUGCGUCACAUCAACUUCCGCAUUCGUCUUCCGUUCCGGUACACAUGCCCUCCAGACAUCUAAGUAAUUCUCCGCACAUGUUCGUUCCUCCGGCGGCCUCGCAAUCGAUGAUGCGUCCUCAGACCAGACCGAAUCACGCCAUGAUUGCCAUGCAUUUUAUCGGCAGUAUGCGUCCCGGCUUCCGGCCAUCCUCGCCGAUAUCACUGUCUCAUAUGGCGCCGCCAAUGGCGCACAUGCACGCGUCACCUAUCAAGGACAUGAUGCCGCCAUCGCCGAGCACGGAACAGGCUUAUCAACAACCUCCGCAAUCGUUUCCCGUGACUUUUACCAGCCCACCGUCGCAAUCGACUUUUGAUACGCAGACAACCGGAUCAGGCGAGCGGCCAACUUCGAUUGAUCAUCAACCAUCUCGAUCAUCCGCGACGAUUGUCAAUUUGAUGACUACUUCGUCGCCGUUCACUUCAACAAUUUCGUCGACCGCGGAAUACAUGCCCACCAUGGAGAGCACAAGGCCCAAUCAGUCUCCCCUGAUAAAGAUCCUGAGUGCCGAAGAGAUUACAAGGAUGACGACGACGCUUGCACCAUCGACGACCGUUCCGCCGCGAACCACGACGGCGCCGAGUUUGACCACCGAUCCGAUAUUCUCGCAUUACAAACAACCGGCCAAACCAAUUCGCGGUCCGAUGUAUCUCAUUAUCCAGGGUCAUUCGAAGGUAAAGACCUACAAGCCGACGGUGAACAAGCACGGUGUGCCCGUGGAGAACAACGAGAUCUCUGAGAGUGCGACCGAGCGACAGUUGUCCAAGCUGGAGCAGCUGAUUCACGAGAACACUAAGAACGGUGCCGUCGAUCUGGCCGCCGAGAAGAGGAAGCUGGAGAAAGAGAGAGCGCGCGCCGAAGAAAAGCGUGCUUCCUCGCGCCGGGAAGACAGUCUCAUGAGUCUAGUCGAGAGCGGUCUGAGCGGCUUCACUGUGUCGCCCUCGAUGGAGGACGCGCGUCACGCGUCUAAUUCGGUCGCGAGCAUCGAGAUUAAUUAAGGAUCCGCCGUUUGCGCGCAGUUCUCCCGUGAGGGGAUACCAAGCUUAGCAAACGGAUGUUGAGGUAGCUGAGGGCACUUUCCGCGUCCUCCUGCGGCGGAAAGGCAAUCGCCGUUCUUUCAGUAGAGGCGAAAACUUUCGAAACAGACGAAGAGUCUCUCGAUUUAUAUUCGAUUGUUGCUUACGUACGAAGUCGUUGGAUGAAAAUCGAUGAAAGUCGAUUACGCGCGAGAUAUAGGGAUCGAAAUUUUAUGUGGCUGAUCCUCCUAGCAUUUCCCAAUUCCAAUGCGGAAGUUAUCCGGGAGAUAUGCGUAACUUCAACACGCUGGUAAACGAGAUUUUGUAUUGUUACUAUAUUUUAUAUUAUUUAUCCUAUGUUUAUCGUUCCGUGAUAUUGAAUGCCUCUAUGUGCUUUUCUUUUACUUUUUCAAAUAGCGCUCCUGUAGGCUACCUGAGCGGAUUAACGUAUUUAUAGAUUUAUAGAUAACGAUCGAAUUACGUAUGCAAUGACGUAUACGGUAAACGAAUAUAAGUAUUUUAUAUUUAAUUUAUUUAAAUUAUUGAAAUAUAAUUUGAUGUGCUUUGAUCAUGCCCAUUACUUUUAUAAUUAUUAUGAUUGUUAUAUAUUAAUGAAUAUUUUUCAGAUAAUUUAUUAUUUAUUUUGCUUAAUAUAUAUAUAUAUAUAUAUGUAGGAUAGAUACAUUAAUUUAUUUCAUCUCGCGCAUUAAACAUGCAUACAAUUUUGCGACACAAAGUGUGCCACAACUAUAAUUCCAUCAGCGUCGAGAUAAUCGUGUAUCAAUCGACGUGAGAGAUCCGAGGUAAUUAACGUCGCGAUUAAUGAGAUUUUUUUUUUUUGACUCUGUGUCAAUGAUUCAUCACUGCGCGUCCUAUAAAGAUUGGUUACAAAUUCGCGCAUUCAUCAUGUACCGAGAUUUCUCGAGUAAUUUUCGAGUUUUUGUCGCGCGAAGAUGAUAAUUUCCAAAUUUCUCAUAAAAUCGCGCUACUAGACGGAUCUUGUCGCCACCUUACAUUUUUUCGUGGUCGCGCGUGCGGAGAAAGAUUGUUUUUUUUUUUUUAUCUAUCUUUAAGAACAAACAUAUAUCUUUACGUCGCGCAUCAACGCGUUUGUUUACUCGAGAUCGACGACUGUCAUCUCGCGGUGAUGACAAAUCCUCGCUGUCACCGGAUAACAGAGGCUCAACCAGGCAGUUCUCUCCAUGUCCUGCCAUACGCUUUCAUCCACGAUGAGAAAAGCACGCCAAUUUCAUAUGUGCCAGUAUACAUAACGUUACGUAUGUAUAUAUAUAAGAGCAUAAUUAUAUAUAUACAGGAUAUCUCUCAUAUAUAUAUAACAUACAAACUGAUAGUAUUCCUUAUCAAUAAAACAAACAUCUUUUUCCUUUGACAAAAUUUCCGGAAAUGUAUCAUUUUCGGGAUAUCUUAUUUUUCUUUUAUAAAAUACAAUGCAUUUGCUUUUUGCGUAUAACUUUGUGCAUUUCAUUCUUCAUGUAAAAGUUUUUAUUCUGUAAUUCUGUUAUAAUUAAAUUUAAUAUACAUUACACAUAUAGAUAUUAUUAUUUACUUUGCUUAUAUUAAAGGAAACUUACGCUUUACUAUAAGAAAAUUUGUUUUAUAUUAUCUGGAAUACAAUUUUCAAGUCUUUUAUUAUAAAAAUACUAAAUAGUAAAAUUAAUUACAAUAGAAUUAAAAGUAAAAUUUUUGCAUAAAAAAUCAUUUACGCGAAAAUCAAGAAAUAGCAAAUUCAUUCUAUUGACAUAUAAAAUAAAUAAGACAUCUUGAAAUCUGCAAAAAUGCAUUUCCGGAUAUUUUGCAAAGGGAAAAAGAAAUGCUAAUUUUUUGAUAAGGAAUACGAUACUGUCUAUAUCCUAUCUAUAUGGGAUAUCCUGUUUACGUGUUACACGCGUCAGUGCGGAAUAAGCGAUCGCUCGACGAUUCUCAUGGAGCAUUCGACCUGUUUUUAUCCUUGACGAUAGUUACCGGGAUCGCGAAUGUGUGUGCAAUGAGCGCGAAUUGAAAAUCGUGUUUCACUCGCUGUUUUACGGCGCGCGCUUUCUUUUACAAUCUAAAUAUUAAACGAACCCGUUUACGAUUAUCGCGGAGCGAUAUUACCAUGGCGGACUACUGCCUGUAUAGCUACUAUCAUUGAGGAUGUAAAGCCGCAUCUCGGACCGGUCCGGGCAAUCGUUUAAUUGCGACGCAGACGCGAAGCUUACGAUCGUGUGCUAUAUGCAUAUAACAAUAUUAUUUACCGUGCGGCGUAGUUGAAUAGAAAGAAAUACAGGAUAUCGCAGAAGUAGCGGAUUUCUUUGGACAAAUUGACAUGGCGAAGAUUGCGGAUUAAUUCCGAGUUAUCCUUUCAAUGCAUUUCUUACUCCUUUCAAUAUGAUUACUGCACCUUUAAAACGGGAGGUUCCGCUUCUAAAAUUCGAUAAUAUUGAGAUUUGUUAAAGGCUGAUUUCGCAAAAUCUUUGAUUGGUGCCUCAAUAUUUCGGCGGAACGUUUUAUCUGUCUCUCACUGCAAAAGAAAACUUUGUAGCUCCUGAGAUAUCUUGUACCCACGCACGGCAGUUGAUUGAUGUAAUUUAUAGAGAUUUUGAUGUUAAAGAUAGGUUUCUCUUUUUAGAUAUUUAUUGCGUUAGAUGCAGAAAUUGAAGGCGGAAAAUCUCGUUAACCGAUCCAACAUACCAUUCAAUCUCCAUUUGACACAUUACCUAUUUGGUACGUGUACCGAGAUUUUUCGUCUUCAAUUAUUUAUUUAUUCUCUAUGAUCUAUUAAUUUAUUGCAAACGUCAUCGCCCUAUAGAAUUUUCGUAUUUAUCGUAACGCCGAUCGCCGGCAAUAUAAUAUUCCAUUUCUCGUCUUUCCAUCGUCGUUCACUUCUCUACACAGCCCCAAAUUUCCCUUCACUCCCCAGACGAAUCCCGCUCUCGGACAAUGCGAAUAUUGUAAAAGGACACCGAAUUUCUCGCGCGAUUUUUUUUUUUUCUAUUUCGAAAAAGAUCUUCGAGAACCGGCGGGACGCUCUGUAAAGCACCCUAGGCGUCAUACAACGUGAACACUAGCUUAACACUAACACUAGUCUUACACUCUAUCAGUUACCAAACAUAUCGCGUACGUACUAACAGCUCACACACUGUAUCACGAUGCUCUUAUUCGUAGCGAUCGUAAUUAGGCGUAGUCAAAGUUACGCGCACCCACACACAAAUAUAUAUACAUACACACACACAUACAUAUAUAUAUAUAUAUAUAUAUAUAUAUAUAUAUAUAUAUAUGUACUCACGCAUACAAACGAUAUAGUAGUAUAUACUUCAUAUAUAUACAUAUUAUACGCUCAUAUGUAUUUAUAUAUAAAUGAAUUAUACGUACUUGGGGCGAUGUUGCGUGAGCGCGCCAUCGCUAUUACCUUAAUUACGCAUUUGGCGUUACGUUUUGCACGCACACGCUGCGGUGUGCGUUAAGUUUAUGUACGACAUAAAUUGUACCUGACGGUCACAUACACAAGCGCGUUCUGUUGAUUCUUCUGUUUUAUUAAUAAAGCAUCUUAUUAUCGA